AUGCAUCCUGAGAGGUGGCUGUCUUGGUGUUACCCUGCUUUUGGUGUGUGGGCAUUCAUGCUCACAUCCUUGAUUAAAGAUACCGCAGCCUGCGAAUCAGAGGAACGCCUAUUUCAUAAACUCUUCACCCACUACAACCAGUUCAUCAGGCCAGUGGAAAAUGUGUCUGAUCCUGUCACAGUGCAUUUCGAAGUGGCCAUUACCCAGCUUACAAACGUGGAUGAAGUCAAUCAGAUUAUGGAAACCAAUUUGUGGCUUAGACACAUUUGGAAUGACUACAAAUUGCGAUGGGAUCCCAAAGAAUACGAUGGAAUUGAAUUUGUUCGGGUACCGGCAGAUAAAAUUUGGAAACCAGACAUUGUCUUGUACAAUAAUGCUGUGGGGGAUUUUCAAGUUGAAGGCAAGACCAAGGCCCUCCUUCGCUAUGAUGGAAUGAUCACCUGGACCCCACCAGCUAUUUUUAAAAGCUCCUGUCCUAUGGAUAUUACCUUUUUCCCAUUUGAUCAUCAGAACUGUUCAUUGAAAUUUGGCUCGUGGACCUAUGACAAAGCCAAAAUUGAUCUUCUGAUCAUCGGCUCCAAAGUAGAUAUGAAUGACUUCUGGGAAAAUAGUGAGUGGGAAAUAGUUGAUGCUUCUGGCUACAAACAUGACAUCAAAUACAACUGCUGUGAAGAGAUCUACACAGACAUAACAUAUUCUUUUUAUAUUCGAAGGCUGCCAAUGUUUUACACCAUAAACCUGAUCAUUCCCUGUCUCUUCAUCUCUUUCCUUACUGUUCUAGUUUUUUACCUGCCAUCUGACUGUGGUGAGAAGGUGACUCUUUGCAUCUCUGUGCUGCUUUCUUUGACUGUAUUUUUACUGGUGAUCACAGAAACAAUCCCAUCCACCUCUUUAGUAAUACCCCUUGUAGGUGAAUAUUUGCUCUUCACUAUGAUAUUUGUGACUCUGUCAAUUGUCAUCACUGUGUUUGUCCUGAAUAUACAUUACAGAACUCCGACCACACACACAAUGCCCAAAUGGGUAAAAACCGUCUUUCUUAGCUUGCUCCCCAAAGUUUUGUUGAUGCAGCGGCCUCUGGAACAGCAGAAAAAGAGCAUCUCCAGAAAGAUCAAGAAAGGAUCAGCCAAUACCUCGGGCAAAUCAAAGCACAGCAAACACAAAGAUACCAAACUACGCAAGGAGCAGCAGUGCUGUCACUGUGAUAAAGUGGAUGAACUCACUACCACCAAAAGAAGACGACUGAGCCAUCAGUCAUUGAAGUGGAUGGCAGAGCACACCGAGUACUCCCCAGAAGUGAAGGACGUCAUUAGCAGCGUUCAGUUCAUCGCAGAGAACAUGAGGUCUCAAAAUGAAACCAAAGAGGUGGAAGAUGAUUGGAAAUACGUAGCAAUGGUGAUAGACAGAGUAUUUCUGUGGGUAUUUAUAAUCCUCUGUGUGUUUGGGACUGCCGGGCUCUUUAUCCAGCCACUAAUAGCAGAUACAUAA